AAAAAAAAAUAUUUGGGAAUACUAACAGACAUUUAAGUGAGGUUUCAUCUUUCUUUUUUGCACCAAGUCUGUAGAAUUUUAGGGGCAAUUGGAGUGUAAGAGUCCAGCAAGUGUAUAUAUAGAAUUUCCUGUUUGUGUGUUGCAUUGUGGUUUUUAAUCGUUAGAGUAUGUUUAGAAUAAGAUAAUAAUUGGUGAGGCCAGUACAUAGUUUGUCCACCAGGUUUAAUUUUCAACUGUAAAAUGUCCCACUCCUAUAUACAUAUUACUAUACUGGUCACAAUUCUUAAAAAAAACAAACAUAUGGUGAAGUUGUUGUUGUUAUCUGGGUAUUUAAAAAAAAAAACUCAAAUAGUUGUAUUGGUAUCGAUAUAGAAAAAUCCAUUAUCAGUCAGCCAUCACUCUUCAUGCAGAGUCUGAAGUCAGGCUGGUAUUGUGGACUGACUAUUUGUGACGUUUUGUGAAGGUUCUGCAGUGGAAAGGGGGCCGCUAGUUUUGUUGGGUAACUACACAGAUUCCUCAAAACAAGCCAAGAACAAUGCUGCCUUUAUUCAAACUUUUAUUGUGAAGAAAUCUUAAAUAAUUCAGACAAACAAAUUCUAAUGUAAAAGUCCAGUUUAUAUUUUCAUGUUUAUAAAGGGCGCUGUGAAGGUGUCUUGUAAACAAACAAGAGUUAUGUUUACUGUCAGUGUUACUAAACAAACACAACCUGUGUUUCCUUGAGGUGACACAAACGCAUCGAUUGCAUUCCCCUCCUUUGUUUAAAUCCGCGUUUACUAGCUUGCAGACUUCCUCUUCUGAGUCAUUAUUGGUGCACUGUAGCAUAUCUUGCUUUGUUAUUGCUACCUGUUGAUCAGUGUCAUCAACAGGUGUGACACCAUAUGUAGGACUGUUUCCUUGUGCGUGUGCAAGAAACAAAACAGGGAAACUCAUAGAAAUAGAGCUCCAUGGCACUACUAACAAUCAAAAACUCCACAUGGAACCUUAAUGCUUUUUAGUUUUUACAUUGGCAGACAAUUUUCUACUUGUCUGUUUCACACUCAGUUAUGGCAGCGUUCUACUUUGGCACUGAAAACUUUUGAUUUUUUAUUUUGUCAGUAAUCACCUUUUCAAACAUGGAAAAAUAAGGUUUUAUGAACACAAAUGAAAUCUAAAUGUGAUCAAAUUAUUUCAUUUAAAUACUUGAACAUCCAAGUAUUAUGGGUGCAAAUGUACUGUGUCCUCAUUCAGUCCUUCUUUACAAUGCCUCACCAAUGACCUUUACAUAUAUAGCUGAUUAUUUGCACAAGUCAAAUAAUGUGUACAGAGUGAAAAUGUACAUUUGCUGCCUGCAUGUAAGACUAGGAAAGAGAAACCUCCACUAUAUCCAGCCCCCUUUUUCUUUGUGUCUAGAUGUCUAUAGAAUCUGAGAUGAGCGACCAAAGGUUUCGUUUCUUACUACAAUCAGGGGUUUGGCACCUUUUUCCUACUUUGUCAUUUCUGUCUUGUGCAGCAUGCGUCACCCAAAUGCAUGAUCAUGCAACCAUGUUGUUUUGUACAACAAAAUGUCUUUUGAUAAAACUCAGCGAAUGACCGAUGUCAUUGUUACUGUCCUCCCACCUUUUUUUUCCACUUCUUGUCAUUGUCCUUCCUUCAUCCCUCCGUCUCUCUCUUUCUAUGCAGCAUUCCAACCCAGGCCAUGCAGGCCCUUUCCCGGUGGCAUCUCUUCAUAAUGCCAACCCCACAAGUCCUACCAGUGCAAGUAUGGCGGGUGCCCAUGCUCACCGCGGCCCUGCCAGCCCCAUCAUAGGUCCCAUCGAGCUCAUCCCCUCGGUCACCAAUCCUGAGAACCUGCCCUGCCUACCUGAGAUCCCGCCCAUUCAGCUGGAGGAUGCAGGUUCCAGCAACCUCGGACACCUCCUGUCUCGCUACAUCACAGCCAGCACGCAGCAUCACCUUGGUUCAAUGGACAUGAACCCCUCACCUGGACUGUCCACACACUCCCCUGGAUCUUCAGGUUUGUCGAAUGCCCACACACCAGCACGACCUUCUAGCACGUCCAGCACAGGCAGCAGGGGCAGCUGUAGCUCUGCUGGGAGGGCGGGGCCAGGAGGCGGAGCUCUGGUGGAGCAGGUGAGGGUGAAGCAAGAACCUGGUACAGAAGACAGCUACAGCUGUCCGGCUUCUUCUCUGAAGACGGAGCGGGGCAAAGAUUCCGGGAGGAGUGCCUGCAUGAUGAGCAGUCCGGAGGACAGCCCCCUUCCUGUAUUGGCAGUUGUAUCUGCCGGCCAAGAUGCUCUCAAGGCUUUAGGGGAGCGCAUCAAAACAGAACCCCAAUCUGAAACAUCUUGUUCUGGACAAAAUGGCUCCAGUGCCGCCACCUCCUCUUCUUCAAAUUUCACUAUGACCUCCACUACCUCAUCCUCCGAGAACAACAACAGCAGCAGCAGCAGCAGCACGGCAGGCGCUCUCCUCACUAAUGGAAACUCCAACAAGGGAACGAGCACCAAAGGGGACAGCGCGUUGGCCGGAACAGGCAGUUCUGGUGGGAAAGAGGACGACCCGAACGAAGACUGGUGUGCUGUUUGUAUCAACGGUGGUGACCUGCUCUGCUGUGACCGCUGCCCCAAAGUGUUCCACAUGAAAUGCCAUGUGCCCACCAUAAAAAUCUUCCCAACGGGUGACUUUCUUUGCACGUUUUGCCGGAGUGUGACCACCCCCGAGAUAGAGUACUGUGACGACAGCAAGAAAGUGAUAGGAGAGCAGGACCUGAGACCAGAUGAUCAAAGGAAAUGUGAACGCCUCCUGCUGCACAUCUUCUGUCAUGAGCUCAGCGUGGGCUUCAGGGAACCUGUUGCUAGCUCUGUGCCGAACUACUUCAAGAUCAUCAAGCAGCCCAUGGACCUGAAGAAGGUGAAGAGGAGGCUGCAGUUACGAAGCUCCCAGUACUACCGCACCAUCCAGGAGUUUGUGUCCGACAUGCGUCUGAUCUUCAUAAACUGUGCAAAUUACAACGAGAUGUCUCGCAUAAUCCAGGUUUAUGAUGAGGAGAAACAGAUUAAUACGCAGGUGGGCUCAGAGAUGGCGAUAUCUGGCAAGGCAGUAAGCCUGUACUUCGAGGAGAAGUUGCAGGAGAUGUUCCCUGGGCAGAGCUUCCCGGAAACACCGGAAACACCCGACACCGAUUGCCCGGAAAAGAUGGACGAUGGCGACACGGACGACUCUGAGGACUACUUCAUACAGCCCAGACGCAAACGGUUAAAAACGGACGAGAAAGUGGUCCACAUCAAGUGAGAACCAUUCACAGAAGAAACAAGAGAAGUGUAAAGACUGUCUUCUUCAAAUUCUACACUUCUCGUUUGUUUGAGGCAGCAGACAAAAAACGACAAGAUUCACUGUACAAACUGCUUUGGGUUAUCUCAUCCUCUCCUUGGGAAGAACAACUGUCGACUACAUUAAUAAACAUCUGCCUUCAACAGAACUCUUAAAGACAAACAUAGAAGAGCUGCAUUUCCUCCUUAUGUCAUGGACACUCAAGAACCCGCCUGUACAGAUUUUUGAUGUAGGACUUGUUUUGCAGUAGUUAAGUUAAUGAUUGCUCUUAUUCUUUUCUAUCAUCCAUUUUCAUUGGUAGAUUUGUUGUGACGGUUGCUUUAUAAAACGUUUGAUUCCUCCAUUGCCAGUUCUUAAUGUAUUAUAUCUAUACUUUGACAUGAAACCAAGUAUUUGUAUUACUUUGUGGAAGCAUUGUGUAAAUAAGAGAAUCUAGCCCACUGAAGGUAUUCCUACGGUAUAGAUGUUUGGUUGCGUCAUCAAUAAAACCUGUUCUUGAAAUAUAUUAAAGAAAAUGUGUGGUGUUGAGUAGGUUUCGGGAUUGCCAGCGAGCUCUUAGAAGGAGCAGUUCACCAAAAAUUACAAAAAACAACAACAAAACCUAUUUCCACACAUCCUUGGUAUUUAGCCAUUUUGGUUAAAUUUGCCCAUGAUUCAAGAUUCCUGCAUUCAAAAUGUCUGUUAUUUCAAUUGUGGUGCGUACACAUUUAACAGCUGCAUCUCUUUACAGAAAGUGUCGCCCUUACUUUGAAAAGUACACAUGGUAACAUUAUGUGCUAUACUUAUUUUGAAAGUACAUGUCCUAAACCAAUGCAAUAUAAAGUGAUUUAAAUGGUGAACUUUACAUAGUGCAUUAAAACAUCAAAAUGCUGUAAUGCCAAGAAGAAGUCACGUUGACUCCAUAAAGAAUAUCGCAGCCUCGGCUAAUGCAUUGCAAGAUUCAGUCCCCUCUUACUGUCGCUCCGAGCACUUUGACACAAUAAACUGAACCAGAGGUUGAAGUCACAUUACUAGAAGCACUCGAUGAUAGUGGGAACUUGCUUUAUUGCUGCAGUCCUCAUAAUAUACACGCACGAGCUGACAUCAGCGUGUAUGGUGCUGAGUCCGCAGUCUGGCAGAGAGUCUGCUGACCACCUUUCAACAUCUUAAACAUUUUCCCAAGUAGCUCUGGAACAAAUCCCCUCGUCUUUUUCAACCGCAGUCGGACAUCGGGUUUGCUCGCCUCUUCGUGGUAGGAUGUUUUUCUCUUGACAACUGAUUGCUCAUCUCAAACACGAUUAACCAGGACAAUUAGUUUCGAUUUAAAAGUAGCCCCUCUUGCGAUAACGAUAAUUAUCCAUCUCAUCAUCGUAACAUUUAACAAAAUGAGAAGAACGGCCACUGAUAAAUCCAAAGUUCACUGAGAGAUCAUUUGCAUACAAGCCCGCUUUACUCAGGAUUUACUCACGUGGACCUGGUAAUAUUAUAUAAUCACCUAUAGGUGUAUUUUUUUGGCAGCUACAUACUAAAAUGCAAAGUU